GACCUGCUUAUUUUACGUUGGAGAUAUGAGUCAUCCCCGAUCGUGAUCCAAAGCCAAAUCGAGUAAACGCCGCCAUAAGGCGUCCUUGCACAUGCGACUCUCUUCAUUUCUCUCCACUACCACCACCACCACGACUUCCCUAUCUCCUCAAUUUUCUUCCAUCUUAUCAUGUCGCCAACGACGUCAAAUACCCCAUUGACUGCUCGUAGCGACACCAAAGCACAGCGAAAAGCGCCACCUGCCAAGAAGCCACAGUUGUCUCCUAUUGCCGUUGCUCCAGCGUCCACCCAGAAGAAAGUUUCUCGACGGUCGAGCAAGCCUAUCAUAAACUGGCUCCAGCGCAAACUUGCUGGGACAGUCAGAUCGAAGAGGGAAGCCCCCAAGACGAGAAAUGCUAUUCCUCUGCGAGGCGUGAGCAACCGGGUCGUUUCGAGCCCUUUGCCCUCGCCGGCAACGAACGGCGGGGGAAUGGAUCACAUCGGCUCCAAUAGACAGACAAUAUCGCUUAUUGAGGACUCAGUCGACGUAGCGUCGCAGUCCAAUGAGGACCUCGAUUCAACAAGCGACCAGUCGUCAGUUUCAAGGCGUGAUUCGGGGCGCGACUCGAUGUGGUCGCCAGCCAGUGCAUUGGAAGCAGAUGAGGAUGCGUCUAUGCGUCCGUUGCCACCUAGUUCACCGCCGUCGCCAAGCAUUGCUGCGAGCACGAAGCCCACAACGUUGCUCAGCAUCGACUUGCAUGGCAACGGUAUGGCUCACAUCGCUCAGGCCCCAGUGACGCCGACAUCUUACCGCCACCACGCCCGAAAUUCAUCCACUGCUACUAAUCCAACACUGCUCACCAGCGCUGCAUCGAUUACCUUCUCGGCCCUUCCUCCUUCAUCAACCUCGUUGCGAAAUUCAUCUACCCAGACAAAUUUCUCCAUUCCAUCAGUUCAAGCGCCGCUUCAUACCACUCAUCACCCUCGAAAUAACCCUCGGCCUUCAUCACCGCCUCUAGACAACGCCUCGGUACUGACCCUCGCGUCAUCCGCGUAUGCAAAUACCGGGUUUCUACGGUCACCACCCUCGGCACUCGGGGAUUCUGUGUCACACUACGGCAGUAUCGAUGUGGAGAGCAGGAGUGAAUUCGUGUUGGGCGAUGAUGUUGAUGAGCGGGAUGUUGAUGCCAGUGUCAGGGCCCUCAGGCCGAGGAGUUCCAGACGCGGCAGUUGGGAGAGCGAAGUGAGCAAGUGGAGUGCUAGGAUUCACGUUGGCACGCCGUCCUUGGUGAGGGACAGGAGCCUCUGGACGGCCAAUAGUGUCAGAACGGGAGCGUUCAGUGCCGAUGUCGAUUAUGAAAAGUCAGAGGAGGUCGAUACCGAGGUUGAAAAAACGCUGGAUCAGUCAGCAGACGCGACGUCCUCUACAACCGGCGUGGACGUGGAUGCUGCAAAUGUUGCUUCUCCUUCGGUCGUCAGUGAUACAUCGGAACCCACGCCAAAAACCGUAUCUCAGGGUAUCGAAAUAACCUUGGCGCCCUCACCAUCUACGGUACCGGCGGAAACGAUAGUCCUGCAGGCAGCCAAGGCCACCACAGCCGAAGAAGUCAAGGCUGCCGCGUCUGCGAAUCAGGAGCAGGUGGCAAAUAUGCCCAAGCAGGAGAUUGAUAAUAAUGAGACGAAGAGAGUUGUUGACACGGAGCCCCAAGUCGUUGAAGAUAAGAAUUUGGAAGCGGAGGAGACCUUAGUGACAGCGCCAAAGGAAGCUGCUCAUCAAGUUGCGCCCGUGUCUGAGAAAGAGAUUAAUCCCCUCACAGUAGAGACGGCGAAGUGAAGAAUAUGUUCAAGGUGUUUUUGUUAACGUAUGUCACAUCUUUACUGUAGAACUAGUGCCUUAUUUAUUACAUCUUUUGACCGAUUUUUAAGCAUUUUUAAUCCGAAAUCAUUACACCAUCAUGGAAGACAUC